AUGCCCCGAGCCAUUGGGUACGGAUUAGGAAUCGGCAAGGUUGUCACAGAGGUAGGAGGAGGGUACCUACAGUAUUGUGAUGAGCGGUCCUUCGCGACGAGUGUUGUAGUCCGUUUAGUCGGUUCUACAAAUGACUACACCGUUCCCGUUACUAAAGCGCCCAUCCUACGACGAGGCAAGACCCCGCUGAGGGUCUUCGACCUCCCUACCACUCGUCUCGACAUCACACUCUUCCCCCCUCUCCUGUCGGCUUAUGUGGUCCGGCGACAGAAAGUAGCCUUCCACGACCUCCCGUCGUCGUCGAGGAGCGAGGAGGUGGACGGCGACCUCGUGACUUCGUUCGGUGCUGAGACACCUGCGAGACCGCGUCUCUUCUCGUACGGGUCGGGGAGCGUCGUGACGAAAAGUCUCGUGUGUGAAGACCAACCCAUAGAUCAUCAGGUACCGGAGUGGGCUCAGCGGGAAGUCAGCCGUCGCCCGCUGGCAACAGGCGUGUUGGAGUGUUGGUUCCCUCAGUCAGACCAGUCAGGAGUGAGUUCUCAUUUAAUGGAGUCGAUAAGGUUGCUGGAUGCAGUGCCUGAGUCAAAAGAAGAGGGGGAGCUGUCUGUCGUACAGCAGGAGCUGAUUGGUGGGCUGGCUGAAUUGUAUCAAACAUCCAAAGGGGCAGAUGCCAAGAGGGGCAAGAAGAAACGUGGCGCCCAGCGUACACCGGUGAAGCAGAAGAUGAAGACCAUGAGCCGCUCCCUGCAGAUGCUGAAUGUGGCGCGGCUGAAUGUCAAAGCCCAAAAGGAUCAGGCAGAGGAGGAGCAGCUGGGGGCCGAGGGCCGGGGGGCCGACAGACAGAAGACAAGGACCAGUAACAGGAACAAAUCUAGAGGAGUGAGCACCAUCAGUAAGUGUUAA